UCUGCCUCGUGAUAGUGGCACUCUUUCUGUCAGGCAUAUAUAUCUGAGAGUCCAAAUUUUUCUCUUGAAUUGUGUGAAUACUUUGAAGGACUUUGACAGUGGAAAAUGUCUCAGUACUCAGGAAAGAUUGUGCUCUACGAGGGCAAAUGCUUCACGGGCAGGAAGCUGGAGCUAUGCAGCGAAUGUGACAACUUUCAGGACCAUGGCUUCAUGAACAGAGUCAACUCUGCCAGGGUGGAGAGCGGCGCCUUUGUCUGCUUUGACCAUCCUGACUUCAAGGGCCAGCAGUACAUUCUGGAGCAUGGAGAGUACCCUGAAUUCCAGCGCUGGAAUGCUCAUAAUGAUCACAUGGGCUCCUGCCGACCAAUUAGAAUGCACGGAGAACACUACAGAUUGGAACUGUUCGAGGGAGACGACUUUGCUGGUCAGUGUGUGGAAUUGUGUGAUGACUGUCCGUUUCUACAAGCACAAGGUCUGACCAAGAACUGUGUCAACUCCAUUAAAGUUUAUGGCGACGGGGCCUGGGUGUUGUAUGAGGAGCCAAAUUAUCGUGGACGCAUGUACAUCGUGGAGAGAGGAAGCUUAUGCAGCCACAAGGAGUGGCAAGCAGAGAAUCCCACUAUCCAGUCUGUUCGCAGGGUGGCAAACUACUUCUAAAGCUGCCUCAACACCAGAGGCAACACUAUCCACUGCUGAGGGAGUAAACAAUCCACACUGUCAGGUGUUAUGCGACUUACGCUCUGGAGCUGUAGAAUAAUAAAACAUGUGCAAAUGUUUAA